AUGAAAGUAACAAAUAUACUACUAUUUUGCUUUGCAACAGCAACAAUAGCGAUGAAUAUGGAUAUGGAUAAUAUGGAAGAAGAUGGAUCAAUUGAAUCUUUACAUUCUAAUUCACAUUCUCAUAACCACGAUUCAGCUGAUGAAACAACUAAUUCAAUUGAUUCAAUUGAUUCUACAAUUUCAUCAUUAGAACCAACACCUCAUGUUAUGAAACAUCAACAUGGUUUACCAAUUUUACAAACUCAUCUUUUACCUGAAGAAAAAUUAUUUUGGGAAAAUUAUAAUACUACAACUUAUUUUAAUGUUAAAACAAAUCAUCGUUCUUCUUUAUAUUUACAUAUAAUAUUUGGAUUAAUUUCGAUAUUCAUAUUAUAUCCAAUUACUUUGAUUUUUAAUAAUUUAAAUUUAUCAAAAACUUAUUUAAUUUCAUUAAUUAUUCAUUCAAGUUGUUUAAUAUUUUCAAUUUUUAAUUAUUUAAUUUUUAUAAAUUCAAUACCAAAUCUUUAUCCAGGAAAUGCUUAUAAUAAAAUGAUAAUUAUUGUAUUCGUGUCAACAAUUUUGCAAUUAAUUUUAGCUUUUUUUAAAAAUUUAGAAUCUUCAAAAUCAACUUCAUUACAUUCAGGUAAUAAAUAUUUUAAUUUAUCUACUUCAAUAAGUUCAUCUGAUGAUGAUGAAUCAUCACUGAUUGAUUCAACUCCAUUAAAUUAUGAAAAAGUUUUUAAUAAAGAAGAAUCAAAAUUAUCAAAGUUACAAAAUACUUUAAAAGUAAAUAAAUUAAGAGAAUGGUUAUCUAAUUCUAAAAUAUUUCUCAUUGUUAAAAUUGCAUUUAAUUUAUUGAAUUGGGGUCAUUUCUUUUAUUUCCUUGUAUUAGUUCCAACAGCAGUUGCAACAUUUUGUUUAUAUGGGAAAGGUCAAACUGUAUUUAAUUUAUUAGCUCAUUUCAUAAAAGGUGGAGUUUUCUUUGCAUAUGGUAUGUUAUCAUUAGCAAGAUAUUCAGGUGCAUUAAAAAAUAAAGGAUGGGCAUGGAAUUAUAAAUUUAUUACAAAUGAUGAAACAAUGAAUUAUUGGCAAAAAUUCCAAAAUAAAGGAUUAUGGACAAUGGAAAUGAUUGAAAGUUCAUUAAUUUUAUUUUAUGGUUCUACAAAUAUUUUUUUGGAACAUUUAUCUAAUUCUGGUGGAGAAUGGUCACCUAAAGAUUUACAACAUGUUUCAAUAGCUUUUAUUUUCAUUGGUUGUGGAUUAUGUGGAGUUAUCACAGAAUUAAAAUUACAAGAUUGGAGAUAUGAACAAGCAAAAGUUAAUUAUGAAAAAUUAGCUAUAAUUAAUGAAAAUGAUCAACAUCAUCAACAAGAAAUUAUUAAAGCAUCUCCAGGUUAUUCACCAAAUCCAUUCCCAAUUUUAACUAUAUAUUGGACAGGUUUAUUAAUGUCAAAACAUCAACAAGCUUCUGAAUUAUCAACAGAAAUACAUGUUCAAUGGGGUAAUUUAUUUAUUAUGGGUUGUGCAUUUCGUUUUCUAACUUAUAUUUUAAUGUUAUUAAGUUCAAAUAAUUCUCAAAAAGAUUUAACAAGACCAAAUAGACCAAUUACAGAAUUAAUUGUAUCCUUUUGUUUAUUAUGUGGUGGUUCAAUUUUUAUGGAAAGUACUGAUCCAAUAAUUUUAAGUUUUGAAUAUUAUGGAUUAACUUCAAUGUUUACAUUAAAUGUUACUUUAGGUUUUAUUACUUUAUUCAUGGGUUAUAUGAUGGUCUUAUUUGCUUUUAAAGAUUGGUUAAAAAACAAAUGUUCACCAACUGAAGUUGUUUAA